AUGCCAGAAGAGCCGCAGCCGCGCCGGGCAGCAGCAGCAGCAGCAGCAGCAGCAGCCUCAUCCUGCCCGCCCGAAGGCGCCGCUCCCCCCGCCGCCGCCGCCGCCGCCGCCGGGGACUGCCUGGAGCGCCGCGGGCGGGGAGGGGGCGACUGGCCGGCCGGCCAGGCUCGCCCCGCCGGGCCCGAACAAAGGAGGCGCCGCAGCGGCGGGGGCGGAGCCAGGAGCCCGGCGGGGGUCCCUCCCUCCCUCCCUCCCUCUCUCGCCCAGGCGGGGAUCGGGGCCCUGCGGCAGCGGCGGGGCUGGCCCGGCUUUGACGCCUCUGCCGUGAUGCUGCUGCUGCUGCUGCCCGCCGCGGCCCCCCCGACGCCCGUGCCGCGCCGCCGCCUCUGA